ACAACACACAAAAACACCAAAAACUAUAAAUAAGUAAAUAAAAAAAAGCAUGGCCGGAAUAGAGAAACGGAUGAGCAUCCAUGCAGCUCUGAUGAUGAUCACGACGGUUCUCCUUGCUGCUACUGUUUCAAUGGCAGAUGAUCCCGUCAUACCUUCCGACAAAUCAGCAGUGGACAAGUGGUUCCAGGACAAUGUGAAGCCAUUGGCAGACCGGAAGUCCUCGCUUGACCCUGACCUUGUCAAGGCGGAGGACGGUGAUCCCAAAAUUGUGAAGGUCAUGGCAAAUGGGGGAGACUUCAAGAAAAUCUCAGAGGCCAUUGAUAGCAUUCCAGCCAGUAACACUAAACGUGUGAUUAUAUACGUUGGAGGGGGUGUCUACAAUGAGAAAAUUACAAUUCCGAAAAACAAGCCAUUUGUCACAUUAAUGGGGGAUUCAAAAAACAUGCCGAAUCUUACCUUUAACGGUGAUUCUGCCAAAUAUGGGACAUUGUAUAGUGCUACACUGUCGGUGGAAUCUGACUACUUCGUCGGAGUGAAUUUAAAUAUCAUAAAUUCCUCGCCGAGGCCGGAUGGGAAAAAAGAGGGAGCACAAGCACUUGCCUUGAAGUUGUCUGGGAACAAGGCUGCAUUGUACAAUUGCCAAAUGUUUGGAUUUCAGGACACCCUUUGUGAUGAUCAAGGCAAUCAUUUCAUCAAGGACUCCUACGUUGAAGGAACUGUAGAUUUCAUCUUCGGAAGUGGAAAAUCUCUCUAUUUGAACACACACAUAAAUGUGUUAGGAGACAGCGGAAUGACGGUGAUAACAGCAAAUGCAAGAGAAGGUGAUGAAGACAAGGGAUACUCAUUUGUCCACUGCAGCAUAACCGGCACCGGCAGUGGCACAUUUUUGGGCAGGGCUUGGAGGGCUGCUCCCAAGGUGACCUUUGCCUACACCGAAAUGGGAGAAGUUGUCAAGCCAGAAGGAUGGACCGACAAUAACCACCCCGAAUAUGACAAGUCUGUUAGUUUUGGAGAGUACAAGAACACUGGUCCAGGUUCAAGCAUGAGUAAGAGAGUAAGCUUCACGAAAGAGCUGAGCGAUGCAGAUGCCAAACCUUUCAUCAGCCUAGGCUUUAUUGACGGUUCCAAAUGGUUGCUUCCUCCUCCAACUCCAAAGGUCUAAAUUAGUUUUUGG